AUGGCCGAUCGCCGGGAUGCGGAACCGUCAGCUCCUAGCUUAAGUGAAGUGAGAGCCACCCUGUUGAGGGUGGCUGACCGUCUGUCCUCGUUGGAAGAGACACCAUCUCCAAGUAAGUAUCGGGCAAUCUUUGUCAAGUAUGAAGAAGUUAUGUGUUCAAUAAAGUUCGCGCGUAAGCGCCGACACAAGCUUACAUGUACGCAUAAAUAGCGGCAGCAUCAUUUUGAUCACUCCACGCGCGCUGCGUAAUGGACGGCAUCGAUCGUAGAAUGAAAUAUUUCCGAAAGGUUUUGCUUGCAAUACUCUUGUCUUUAUGUUUUUACUCAUUUCUUUAUUGUGUGAGAAUUAAGGAAUGAAUUUUGAUUUGUUGCCCAGCAAUCAAGAAUCGGUCUGCAUAAAACGCCACAGGCACCCCAAUCUCUGGCCUCCCAUGCAGACUACACAAGCUCUUGUGUCUGAGCAAUUCAAGUAAUGUAAGCAAUGGGUAAUACAGAAAAAGCUACAGUGCUCGCUGACACCGUACAUGUAUUUAUUUAAUAAUUAUGUCAGAGCUCUCUGUAGUUAAAUUUGUUUGGAUUGGCUGUUGAGAAGGUUCUGCUUGAAUAUAUUUAUUAUUAUAAUUUUUUAUUUUUAGACAGCACCAGAAAGGUACAACAGAAUACAAAUCCUUCUCCAGUUGCUUGUCUGUCUGCUUCUGUUGCUGCUGAACAGCGCAGGCUGUUUAGCCAUGGAAACAAUGCAAAACGAGCACGUUCUUCUGGCAGCUCUCUUCCAAAGUCCAAACGAAAUGCUACAUGCACUUUAAAGUUUGUGUGUCUAGCUGCCAAGGAAGAGGCAGACCGUCCACCAAUGUCUGUGAAAGAAAGAACGGCACUGGCAAAUGCUGGCUUG